AUGGCAUCCGAAAAGUCUAUCCUCAUAGUCGGAGCAGGUGAGCUGGGGACGGCCAUUCUCUCAGCUCUCGCAGGUCAUCCUUCCAAGCCUCCGCACGUCAACUUCUCUGUCUUACUUCGUCCGGAUUCCAUCACCUCACCCAGUCCUGAGAAGCAACGCUCCAACGCGGAGUUGCAGGCCUUGGGUGCAAAGCUCGUCCCAGGGAACUUUGUCGACGAUGAGGUCUCGCAGCUGUCACAUGUCUUCAAAGACUACGAUAUCGUCAUUCAGGCGGGAGGAUAUGGUCUACCUAAAGGGACACAGCUGAAGUCUGCCAACGCUGCGCUGCAGGCAGGGGUUCCGCGAUACUUCCCCUGGCAGUUUGGGGUGGACUACGAGGAGAUCGGAGAGGGCAGUGCUCAGGACCUGUUCGAUGAGAUGCUACAGGUCAGGCGACUGCUACGGUCCCAGACCAGCACGACAUGGACCAUCAUAUCGACGGGGCUAUUCAUGAGCUAUCUGUUCAUUGCAGACUUUGGAGUGGUUGAUCUUGAACACAAAACCGUACGCGCCUUGGGGUCUUGGAAUAACAAGGUCACAGUGUCAACGCCGCACGACAUCGGCCGCCUGACAGCUGAGAUGGUCUUCGUUCCUGACGGAACACUCAAUGAGGUGGUUUACAUCGGAGGGGACACAGUCUCGUAUGGGAAACUUGCGGAUAUACUGGAUGAAACCCUCCGCGAGAGCUUCAAACGGGAGGAAUGGACUUUGCCUUUUCUCAAGGACAGGCUGGCAGCAAACCCAAGCAACCUAUGGUAUAAGUACCAGUGCAUCUUUGGUGAUGGAAAAGGAAUUUCGUGGGAUAUUGCAAAAACCCUGAAUGGUCAGCGUGACAUUUCGAUGACCACUGUCAGAGAUUACAUCAAGGAAGAGUUUGUCACUGUUAAAUAG